AUGAGUGAAAACAUGAAAGCAGCAGUUAAAAACAAUCUUCCUGACGAAAUAAUUUAUGAAAUUCUCAGAUCAUGCGAUCAAGAUUUUAAAUUUAUUGUGAUGAAUUAUGCAUUGGUCUCUAAACAGUGGAUGAAUGUCAUUCAAUGGUAUUCGAAACUUGAAUUGAAAUUUGAAAAAAAACGAGAACACAUUGAUGAUUUGCUUCCGAGUCGGUUUUUAUCGAAUAUUGUUCAAUUUCGAGUUUGUGUUGAAAGAAAACCUGGUGAAAUGUUUUAUCAAAUUAUUGGAAAGAUGAAACAAUUGACUUUUCUUGAUAUUCGAAACUGUUCAAUGAUUGAUGAUAAAGGUGCAAAAUAUGUCAGUGCAUUGAAUCAAUUGACUUUUCUUAAUAUUAGUCAAAAUAAUAUUGGACCUGAGGGAGCUAAAUAUUUAUCAAAAUUGGACCAAUUGACUAAUCUUAAAAUUAACUCAAAUGAAAUUGGACCUGAAGGAGCUAAAUCAAUAAGUGAUAUGAAACAGUUGACCACUCUCAAUAUUUCCAAUAAUAUGAUUGGCAUGGAAGGUGCAAAGAGUAUUAGUGAAAUUUCAAGUCAAUUGACAAUUCUAGAUAUUAGUUCAAAUCAAAUAUCGAAUGAAGGAUUAAAAUUCAUCAGUGAAAUGUCACAAUUGACUAGUCUUGAUACCAAUGGAAAUAAUAUUGGCGACAAGGGAGCUAAAUAUUUGAGUGAAUUGAAAAACUUGAGAGUUUUGGACAUUUCAAAGAAUUUUGUUUAUGAUAACGGAGCUGAUUUAAUAAGUAAACUUCCACAACUGACGAAUCUGAAUAUCAGUUUUAAUGAGAUAGGCAAUCAAGGAGCUAUAUAUCUAAGCAAAAUGGAAAAAUUGACCAUUCUCAAUAUUAGCAAUAAUUUAAUUGGACCUGCUGGAGCUAAAUAUUUAGGAGAAAUGCAACAAUUGACUAAACUGAACAUUAAUAGAAAUUAUCUUUCUGUCAGUGAACUUGCACUCCUCAAUAAAAAAUAG